AUGGCAAGCAUCAUUGUGACCGCAGCUGCACCAGCUAGUGCACAGGCUGAGAUACAGCCCAUCUCAGACCUUCCUCAGCACGACGAGGAAAAGGCUGGUCAAGCACUUGCGACUAGAGAGCAUGGGACUGAUAAUGGUAAUCGUUCUGACGUAUUUGACACUGUUCCUAUCUUACAGCGAUGGAACUCGCCUCCCAUCAACCGAUAUCGUACUGCGGCGACGUUCUGGUCUUUUGUGGUAGUAGGAAUGAACGAUGGCUCAUAUGGCUUAGAAACGCACUACGAUCUCAACCAUACGGUGGUUUCCCUCAUCUUUCUUUCCCCUUUUGUGGGAUAUGCCAUUGCAUCUGCAGUGAACAACCUCAUGCACGUUCAUUUUGGUCAGAGAGGUGUGGCGUGUAUUGCUCCCUUGUGCCAUUUGAUUCCGUAUCUUACUUUCUCUUUUCACCCGCCCUAUCCUGUUCUCGUUGCCUUAUUUGUCCUCGUAGGAAUGGGAAAUGGUCUAGCAGAUGCCGCUUGGUGUUCCUUCAUAGGGCAGAUGGCAAACUCACAUGAGAUGUCCGGCAUUCUACAGGCCUGCUACGCUCUUGGGGCCACUAUCGCUCCUCUCAUAGCCACCGUUCUCUCUGGGGAGGGCCAGCCAGGCUGGUUCGCGUUCUACUACGUCAUGACUGCAGCCUCGGCAGUCGAGUUUAUUACUUUGACUGCCACGUUUUGGACUCAAACAGGCGCUGUCUACUUGGCUGAAAAUCCCACGGAGUCUGGAGGCAAGUCAGGCCGAACUCGUCAAGCCUUGAAGAACAAACUAUCGUGGAUCUUCGCAUUCUUUGUAUUUGGAUAUUGCGGUGCUGAAGUUGCCCUCGGGGGAUGGAUAGUUGUCUUCAUGACUCGUAUCCGCGGCGCCACCUCGGUCACUGGCGGAGCAGUAGCAACCGGCUUUUGGGGCGGCAUGACAGCUGGGCGACUCUUUCUUUCUUUGGUGACAAUUCGCCUGGGAGAAUUCUGGGCCAUGUUUCUUUAUCUUGGUGUAACCAUUGCGCUUGAACUCGUCUUCUGGCUGGUGCCCAACCUGGUCGUAAGCGCAGUGGCAGCAGCAUUGAUUGGUGUAGCAAUGGGCCCAAUGUAUCCGGUGGCCGUGGUUCUCAUCACCAAAGUCAUGCCGCGCUCACUUCACGUCGGCACCAUUGGAUUCGCCGCCGCUUUUGGUGGAUCAGGCGGAGCUAUCUUGCCGUUUGCUGUCGGCGCCAUUGCGCAGGCCAAAGGUGUGCAAACGCUUCAGCCAAUUGUGCUUGCAAUCUGUGUCGUUCUCGGCCUUUUGUGGGUAUUGCUUCCUCGUCAGCCAAGACAGAACAAGGAAGCGAGCGGAGAAGAAGUUCUGGCCCUGCAUUAG